AUGGGAAGGAAACAUAUAGUACAGUGUGCACUGGGUGCAUGGAAUGAUCACAAGCCAACAACCAAACUCUUCAUUGAUGGGAAGUUUGUUGAGUCCAAAACAGCUGAAUGGAUUGAUAUCCACAACCCGGCCACAAAUGAAGUGGUUAGCCGCGUACCGAAAGCCACAGCCAGUGAGAUGGAGGCAGCUGUGGCUUCUUGCAAAAAGGCCUUUUGGGACUGGUCAGAAACAUCUGUUUUGAGUCGCCAGCAAAUCUUCCUGCGUUAUCAACAACUCAUCAAAGACAAUCUGAAAGAAAUUUCAAAACUCAUCACCUAUGAGCAAGGGAAGACCCUGGCUGACGCAGAAGGAGAUGUGUUCCGAGGCCUCCAGGUGGUUGAACAUGCUUGCAGUGUGACAUCCCUCAUACUGGGAGAGACCAUGCCCUCCAUCACUAAAGACAUGGACACUUACACCUACCGUCUGCCUCUUGGUGUGUGUGCUGGAAUUGCACCGUUCAAUUUCCCAGCCAUGAUUCCACUUUGGAUGUUCCCCAUGGCUAUGGUUUGUGGAAACACCUUCUUGAUGAAACCAUCUGAGCGUGUACCAGGAGCACUCAUGUUCCUUGCCAAGCUGUUUCAGGAUGCUGGUGCCCCUGAUGGAACCCUGAAUAUCAUCCAUGGACAGCAUGAAGCUGUGAAUUUCAUUUGUGACCAUCCGGAUAUCAGAGCGAUCAGCUUUGUGGGAUCUAAUCAGGCUGGCGAGUACAUCUAUGAGAGAGGAUCCCGGAAUGGCAAGAGAGUCCAGGCCAACAUGGGAGCCAAGAACCAUGGCGUGGUGAUGCCUGAUGCAAAUAAAGAGAACACCUUGAACCAGCUGGUUGGAGCUGCUUUUGGAGCAGCUGGCCAACGCUGCAUGGCCCUGUCUACAGCAGUUCUGGUGGGAGAAGCUCAGAAAUGGCUGCCAGAGCUUGUGGACAGAGCCAAAAAUCUACGUGUAAAUGCAGGAGACCAGCCUGGAGCAGAUCUAGGGCCUCUAAUCAGUCCCCAAGCUAAGGAACGGGUUUGCCAUCUGAUUGAGAAAGGAGUAAAAGAAGGUGCCAGCCUUCUUCUGGAUGGACGUACAGUCAAAGUGAAGGGCUAUGAAAAUGGCAAUUUUGUUGGACCAACGAUCCUUGCCAAAGUCAAGCCAAACAUGACUUGCUACAAGGAGGAAAUCUUUGGGCCUGUCUUAGUGGUUCUAGAAGCAGACACUUUGGAUGAUGCCAUCAAGAUGGUGAACAAUAACCCUUAUGGAAAUGGAACUGCAAUCUUCACCACCAAUGGAGCCACAGCUCGGAAAUACGCUCACUUAGUAGAUGUGGGGCAGGUGGGUGUCAAUGUUCCCAUCCCAGUACCUCUGCCCAUGUUCUCUUUCACUGGCUCUCGUGCUUCUUUCAGAGGAGACAGCAACUUCUAUGGCAAGCAGGGAGUGCAGUUCUACACACAGCUGAAAACUAUCAUUUCUCAGUGGAAAGAGGAAGAUGCCACCGUUACCAAGCCUGCUGUGGUUAUGCCAACUAUGGGAAACUAAAUUAACCUUUGCAGAUGAUGUUGCUGGUGCCCUCCUUCUAUGCUGCACUUUCCAGCUUUGUCCUGACUAUCAUCGUUUCCUUGGGACUGAACAGAAAGCUCCAUU